AUGAGUUUAACUCAACACUUGUCUCCAGAUAAUUUUUGGAAACUAAACACUGAUGCGGCUUGGCAUGCGAACCAAGGGGUGGGAGGUCUCGGAUGGAUAAUCAGGAACGAGAAGAGAGAAAUUAAGAAAGCAGGAGGACAAACUAUCACUGAUGCGCGAGACAUUACUUACUUGGAGUUAAUGGCGAUUUGGCUAGGGAUUGAAGCGGUUGUGUCUUCUUCUUCGGUUUCGCUAAUAAUUGAAUCGGAGUCAUUGGAAGCGAUCCAUCUUAUUCAAGGAAUCCAACAGAAUGUGACUGAGAUCUUAUGGCUGGUGCAGGAUAUCAAGAAUUUUGGUGAGAGAGCACGAUUGAAGAGAUUCCAGCACGUCCAAAGGGACGGAAAUUCUGUUGCCCAAGAAAUUGCAAAUCGAGCGGCUGAUGGUUUGGUGGAGGAAAAUUGA